UGAAUGUAUAUACUGUGCUGGAAUUCUAUUCGUUCAGGUAUUUUAAUUUUCACGUCAUAUAUAAAGGGGGACUCAAAACUGAGAAGAGCAUCAGUUCCUUGCAUCUUGUGAUCAGGAUUGGAUCGUGGAUAGAAGAUCCCACUGAAAAAUACAUCCUUUAGUAAAAAUGUUGUUGGUUUUCUUCUUGAGUGCCUUAUUUCUUUUGGCUGCUGCCGAUACGAGUGAAGGCGAAGCACAAAGAUCAGAUAGAAUUGAAACUGAGGACAACAGAGACGAUCCUGUAGCCUACGAAAGUUUUGGAUCUCCUGUAUAUGGUCCCAGCGCUGCUGCAGUUGCCAAAUCUGGAGGUCUACCACCUCCCGGAAAAUCCGCUUACUCUGUGCCAGCUCAACCCCCUCUGCCAGCCAUUCCAGCAGGUUACGCAGGCUACUUAAAUGGUUUAGGCUAUGCCAACCCUUAUGCAUUUAAUCGCUUUGGUGUAAUGCCCUAUGCUGCUCCUUAUGGCUACGGAGCUCCUUAUGGUUAUGGAGCUUACGGUGCAUUCCCAUACGGUGGUCUUGGCUACACAGGAGCCCUAGCUGGUGGUCUUGGAUACCCAGCUGGUUUGCCUUUUAGCCCAUUUAUGGGAAGAGCGUCAUUUAAUGUUUUGGGAUACCCUGGUCCUGCUGGUUUGGGAUACAGGUUUGGUGGUGCCGCCCCUGCUGGUCUUAGAGGACUUCCUUUGCCUGCUCCACUGCCUCCACCUGCCGCAGCAGUUGCAGGACCAGCAGCUCCAGUUCCACCACCACCACCUCCAGCUCCAGUUGUCAGAGCUCCAGUUGGAACUACUGUUGGCAAGGAUGGUACUCUUCGUUAUGCUUACGCCCCAUUACAAGGACAAAAAGUUCCAGGAUACUAAAAAAUUUCUCUUGUUUGCUGAGAUGAAAAGGUUAAAAAGUUGAAAGAUAGAUCAUCUUUGCUGAAGAAAGAAGUAUGAAACAUUUUGCCUGCUUUGACUGGAACUCAUGUAUGAAUGGCUUUGAUCUUGAGAGAGUUCUCUAUAAUUUAUAAAGGAAUAUUGCUUUUAAUGUAAAUUUCAGGUUUUAGAUUUCAUUUUCACAGCUUAACUCUGUCUUAUCCUCAGGAAAUGUUCACAUUCUAUUUUAGUGCUCAAUGUGUUUCAUUCAAUAAUGCUUUAUUUCAUUCAUUGAUAUAUAUAUGUAUAUAUAUGCAUAUAUAAUUCUCUUUUUUUAAAGUCUAUUUGAAUAGUUUUACAAAAUUUAUGCUGUUUCCAAAAUGCCUGUAAAAAUAUUUUUGUAUUU